AUGGAGGACUCUCUUGUCUGGCACCACUCCAACCGAGGAAUAUAUGAUGUUAAGAGUGGAUACCGAAUGGCGGUUGAGGCUAAGCAGUCUGCAGUACUUUCAGGGGCGUCUUCAUCUCUCCUGCUCCCAAAAGAUUUCUGGAAAGUAAUCUGGUCGACUCUAGUCCCGCCUAAGAUUCGUAACUUUUGGUGGCGAGUCUGCUAUAACAAGCUAGCUACAAAGGAAAAUCUGUUUAGACGUCAUUGUUCUGAUUCCCACCAGUGCCCAAUUUGCAAUGCUUCAGUAGAAUCAAUCGAGCAACUUCUGUUCAGGUGCGAUUGGACCAGGGCAGUUUGGUUUGCAUGUGAUCUGGGUUUGCUGCCGGGGAUUGGGAUUUGUCCCUCAACUAAAAUCUGGACUGUGUCACUCAUGGAAAUGUGCUCAAAUGCCAAGGAGCGUAAAGAAAUAGUGGGUAAGGCUGCGGUGGUGUGUUGGUUUAUCUGGAAAGCUAGAAAUGAAUGGGUUUUUUCCCAGUGUCCAGUAAAUCCUCAAGCUGUUGUGGGUAAGGUUUAUACUUUUUGGAGGGAAAUUAAUCAACCUCUCACUUCGAUGGUUGACCCUAUUCUAGCAGUUCCUCCUUUACCUCAGUCACGUCCUACUUGGCAUUGUCCAACUUGUGGCUGUUUGAAAAUUAAUUGUGAUGCAAGUGUGGCUGUAGACAGUGGGAGAACGUCCAUAGCAGCUGUUCUGCACAAUUUGCAAGGACGGUUGGUCGAUGGCAUUGUUGUCUCGGCCCCUUCAUCCUCAGUUUUGCAAGGUCAAGCUCGUGCGGUUCGUUUGGCUUGUCGUCUCCUUCAAACUCUUGGUCUAUCAAAUGUCUAA